CACACGCCGGCGAUGUUAGCGGAAACCAUCGCGGCUCUCGUCGCCCCUGAUCGCUCGGGCGUGUACGUGGACGGAACUUUCGGACGUGGAGGUCACACGCGCGGAAUUCUCGCCGCGCUUUCCGCCGAGGGUCGCUUGCACGCGUUCGACAUGGAUCCAGAGGCGAUCAAGGUGGGCAAGGAGCUCGAAAGAGAAGACUCCAGGUUUAAGAUUCACCACGCCCCGUUCGGAUGCAUGGCGGACGUUUUGAGACCGCUCGGCGUGAAACCGUCUGGAGUAUUCUUAGAUUUAGGGAUUUCUUCGCCCCAAUUCGACGACUCGUCGCGAGGGUUCCGACCCGAGCAAGACGGUCCGCUCGACUUGCGCUUUGACGUCGAGCGCGGCGUCCCCGCGAGCGAGUAUCUCAGACUCGUUUCGCGCGAAGAACUUCGACGGGUGAUUCACGAAUACGGUGAGACCACUGAUCCAAUCGCCGCCCGUCGAAUCACGGACGCCAUCGUGCUCGCGCGUGAAAACGGUUCGCUCCCGAGCACGACGAAGGAAUUCGCCGCCCUCGUCGCCAAGGCCAAAGGCAAAGAAUACCAGAUGAUGCAUCCCGCCAAGCUCACGUUCCAAGCUUUACGCAUCGCGCUGAACCAAGAGUUUGACGAGAUGCGACGCGGUAUGCACGCCGCAUUCGAUAUCAUGCCCGAACACGGACGUUUGGGCAUCCUCACCUGGAAGCACAGCGAGUGCGCCAUCGUCGUCGACUUUUUCCGCGAC